GCGCAGAAUAAAGUAGUACAAACUAAAUCUCUGCAACUUGAAUAUUUAAAUAUUUCGACACUUUGAAAUAUUAAAAGAGCACCCUAAAAAUGGGAGACGCUGCCGGCCGCCCUCUAGUAUUUGGUUUUAACUAUAUGGAUUUAGAUGACGAUGAUCAUCAGGGAAUCUAUAUUAAUGACGAGAUUCCAGACGUUUUCACCAAUAUAGAUGGAUUCGAGGACCCCACAAACUUCGAUGCUGGAUUUUGUGUCCCAAUAACAUCUGCUAAAGUGACAAGGCUGGUAAAUCCGGAUGAAUCAUUUGAAGGAAGAAGACCAGAAUUUCGACGAUAUGAAGGACAAAGUAAGCCAGUUUUCUUACAAGCGGACAUUUUGUCGAAGCAUCUGGACACAGGGGAACCCACAAAUUAUUCCGUGGAAACUAGAAAAAUUGCAACAAUUAUUCGCGCCUGAGGUCUCGGAAGUAAAAGCGACGAUUGCGGUCAUCUAAUUGGGAGACAAUACGGCGGGAAAAUGAUCGACUACAAUUUAUUUCCGCAGAACAAGUACAUUAACAGAGGAGGCCUUGGUAUGGCUUAUAUUUGGAGGUGGGGGGUUGAGCUACUUAUCCGCAUCUGGUUAAUUUAUCACGCCGCCUCCGACCCCAUGGUGAGAGUAAGGACACGCUUAUUUUAUCCUCAAGCCAGUUCCGGUAAACCGGCCCACAGGAUUCCAAUACCACUUACAAUUCUAUAAAAGAAAAGGAACCAGGGAAGACAACGAUGCCGAGAAAAAAUCAAAUAUCACCGCGUUAAAGCUAUUCAUAAGAGCCGCCAUCUAUGGAGAAGUCCCAAAUGAGUGUUUUGAGUAUGAUGCGAGCCAGACUAAAGAGACCAUUAAGAUGGUUACUGUAUUGUUGAAACUAGUUGCUGCUUGUACCAGCAUAAAAGAAGCGAAAGAGUUACUCAAAAUUUAUUCUGACGAGUUUGACAGAUUUUUGAAACCACCGCCUGAACCAGCGACUUCUUCGUCAGCCCCGUUAUCUGCCAAUAAGCCGUUUUCCUGGUGGGAUAUUAUCCACGUCGUGGGCUCAGUGGAUGAUGCGGUCAGAUGUGGACAAGAUAGGGAUGUCGCGGGUGCCACUCUGAAUACUGUGUUAGGAGUGGGUGGAUUGGCAAUGGACGUCCUUAGUCUGGGUACGAUUAGCGCUUUUGGGAAUGUAAUCGCCAAGACAACGGUGGUCGAAGGGACGAAGCAAGGAACCAAAGUGGUCGUGGCGAAAGGGGCUCAGUAAAUUUUCAAAAUUGCCUUGGAGCAAAUGAUCAAAGAAGGAAUUGAAUUUUUAAUUCAGACCACGGUCACCCAGUCGCCACGGAGGGCUAUUGAAGCUAUUGCUAGAAAUCAGUAAGGGUGAUAGCUGAGUAGAAAAUUCUUGGAUUUGAUUUUUUUUAAUUCUUAUAAAUAAAUUGUUUUCAAUAUGUAAAUUCAAAAUUUACGUAUGUAGCCCAAAUUAAAAAAAAAACCCUCGAGUUUAAUCGACAAGACAGACCAAAAUAAGUAAUAGCAUAUGGAAUUUAUUUUGUUUAUUGUUUGCAAAAAUUCAAUCGAAUAAAUUAAUUGCAUAAAUUAAAUUGA